AUGACCAUCCUGCACAGUAGCCUCUUUGCAUUCUACGAAUAUUUUCCAGGUCUGCCUGAUCUCAUUCCCGAUCCAUACUAUAUCCAAGCAGCAUCUUAUAUCCAGAGAGUUCAGAUGUACACAUUAAGAUGUGCUGCAGAAGAGAACUGCCUCUCCAGUUCAGCAUACAACUCGAGAGUGAGGGACCUUGAUUACAGAGUGCUUCUCAGAUUUCCUCAGAGGGUCAAAAAUCAAGGCACAGCAGACUUUCUCCCUGUGAAACCACAUCAUCAGUGGGAAUGGCACAGCUGCCAUCAACAUUAUCACAGCAUGGAUGCCUUCAGCAAUUACGACCUCCUGGACGCCCCCACGGGCAGAAAAGUGGCUGAGGGACAUAAAGCCAGUUUCUGUCUGGAGGACACCAGCUGCGAUCCGGGUGUGAGGAGAAGAUACGCCUGCACAGCUCACACACAGGGAUUGGGCCCAGGCUGCUAUGACACCUACCAUGCCAACAUCGACUGUCAGUGGAUUGAUAUUACGGAUGUUUCUCCUGGAGAUUAUAUUCUAAAGGUAACCGUGAACCCAGGCUUCCAGGUGCAGGAGUCUGAUUUCUCCAAUAAUGUUGUUAGAUGUGACAUCAGAUACACUGGGUCGUAUGUCCAAGCGUAUAACUGCAGAAUCACAGGGUGA